CUCUAUUAUUUUGCGCCUGCGCUUUUGAUGGUCUACGCGACAUAACAUAAAAUCAUUUUGUGGAAAAUUUGAAGUUUGUUGUUAUUUGUGACAACUUAUAAUUCAUAAUUGUUUAUGAAAGCUUCGUGAUAAUUACCUUUCCAGGCGUAAGGCUGGAUUUUUCAGGUGUGGUUUGCCUGAAUGCAAUCGGACUCUAUAGUUCGAGCGGUGUACGGUAGCCAUCUUGGAAUCGAACAAAGCUUCAGAUGUGUAGUUUGUCUGUUUAUCAAUAAUUUUUGUGCAUUUUAUUGUAAAUAGUUUGUAUGUUUAGGAUAUGUACGGAACGUUCGUCCAUAUGUGUAAAUAGCUAUGGCUGCGACAAGGAAAUUACAAGGCGAAAUAGAACGUUGUUUAAAAAAAGUAACAGAAGGAGUUGAAACUUUUGAGGACAUCUGGCAGAAAGUUCACAAUGCGACGAACAGUAAUCAAAAGGAAAAAUACGAGGCGGACCUUAAGAAGGAGAUCAAGAAACUGCAGAGGCUACGCGAUCAGAUCAAGUCGUGGAUUGCCUCUGGGGAGAUUAAAGAUAAGAGUACACUAUUAGAAUUUAGGAAACUUAUUGAAACACAAAUGGAGAGGUUUAAAGUUGUGGAAAGGGAAACGAAAACGAAGGCAUACUCAAAAGAAGGGCUUGGGGCGGCACAGAAACUCGAUCCUGCUCAGAAGGAAAGAGAAGAAAUGUCAUCAUGGCUCAUCUCGUCCAUAGACGCUCUAAAUUUACAGGUUGAUCAAUUUGAGUCUGAAGUAGAAUCACUAUUAGUGGGUAAGAAGAAAAGACUAGACAAAGAGAAACAGGACAGAAUGGAGGAGCUCAAACUGAAACUGGAAAAACACAGGUUUCACAUAAAAAAACUUGAAACGCUACUAAGGAUGCUUGAUAACAUGUCUGUUGAAGUUGAACAGACGAAUUUCAGUUACCCUCGUCCAGCAAGCGAUGAAAGCUUAGAGACUCGCGGCAACCUUAGAAAAUACUAUGUAAAAUUGCAGAUAAAAGGUAUAAAGGAAGACGUGGAAUAUUACAUAGACUCAUCUCUAGAGCCGGGGUUCGAGGAGAACGACUACAUAUACGACGAUAUCCAAGGGCUGGACGAGAUCGAGCUCAGCGGUGUAGGACCGUCCACCGAUUCCAACAACAGCAAUGGCUCCGCUGCAACUCCCAACAGUAUACUCUCUGGCACAAGUCCUGUAAGAACACCGACGUCAGAAAACCACAAUCAUUCGACAGAUUCAAUAGACAUAGAAAAGAAAAAGAAAGAAGAGAUUAUACCUAAACCGGUAAAACCACUGCCGCUCCGUGCGGUGAACGCCAGCGUGGUCGGUAAUAGCACGUGUAACGUUAGUUCCUUGCUCAAUAACUCCGCAGCCGCAAGCAAUAGUACGGGCGUAUCUGGCGCGUCCACGCCGAGCAAGCCCGCGCCCAGCCCGCCGCCGCGACCCGCUAACAGCACAGAAGUAGUCGAGAAUGGUCCAGUAUCAAUCACAGCAGCGGUCAACACGACGACGACGCAUCUACCGCCUCCCCCCACGCAGCAACCGCCCCCAACGUCGCGGAGUACAUCGUCGAGUGGCGGCGCCAGCGCGAGCGUGACGACGUCCCCCCUCACCGUCAACGGCCCCCCUCCCUCCGCGCAUCACACGCCGCACCACGCGCUCAACAAUGGACGAGUGAGCGAGACGUCGAGCAUGUCGGCGGUGAGCGCGUCGAGUGCCACGAGCGCGAGCAGUGCGGCGCACAACACCGCCUCGCUCAAGAGCAUGGCGCAGGAGGCCGUGCACCGCGCCGGUCUGGACCUGCACCACCAGAACACGAGACGGAGUACGGCAAUAGCGCAAGCGCACAUUCCGCCACUAUUAGGAGUCGCGCCCUUAGGACCGCAGCCACUUGACUCGGGCCAUCAAGUACAGUUCCAGAUGAUGGAGUCAGCGUUCUAUCACAUGCCCCACCCUUCAGACUCGGAACGUACAAGGGUCUACUUGCCUAGGAACAUUUGUCGGACUCCUGAAUAUUACAAUCAGGUGUUAUUACCCCAUUCGGACACGGUAGAGUUCUUCCAGCGGUUGUCGACGGAGACGUUGUUCUUCGUGUUCUACUACAUGGAGGGAACGAAAGCGCAGUACCUCGCAGCGAAAGCGCUCAAAAAACAAAGCUGGCGCUUCCAUACUAAAUACAUGAUGUGGUUCCAGAGGCACGAGGAACCAAAAGUCAUCAACGAGGAAUAUGAACAGGGCACAUACAUCUAUUUCGACUACGAGAAGUGGGGCCAGCGCAAAAAGGAGGGCUUCACGUUCGAGUACAAGUACUUAGAGGACCGAGACUUGAAUUGAACCUGCGUCACCGAACCGCCGUCCGCACUCGCGUCUACUACACACCACCUGCGCGCAGACCACUCGAUAACUAUACACGACAUUCCUAUAUUUAGGAAAUUUUUAGUUGUAAUUACCAAAAAAUACUUAUGAUAAAACAACUCGCACCGUUUUUUCUGUAUGUGCAUACGGGAAGCCAGCCGUGUCAUUCGAAAUUGAGCACGCACCGGAAUGCUCACAGGUUGGAACUCGUGUGUACGUGACGUGUUCACGAGCGCUCACGUUUGUCAGACCGCGGUUCCGCCGUUUGUCAACGUAAGCUAAUAAUAAAAAACAUGUACCUGAAAUAAAUUUCAUGGACUGGUAUUUAUAUAGAGACAAUGUUAUGACGAUGGUUUUACGGGAAAGAUGUUUUAAUGAACGUCGCAUCGAGACGAUGGAAACGGAUCGCGAUGUCAACGCGAGGGAACCUGAAGUUACUACUACAUUAUGAUCCACGAUAAUAGCGUCGACCGGGACUAGUGAUGCUAUCGAUAGUUUUAUAUCGAUGUAAUACUUAAACGGCUCGAUUCUAUUAUCGAUUUAAAUGUUCGGACACGAGAUUUUUUUUGUUAAUCAUGAAGAAAUCUUUUGUAUAAACAGCUUUCUGGCAGUCAGUGAUGUAGUGUUGUUGUUGUUUUUUUUUUUUAAAUAAUUGAACAAAAAAGCGAAAGAUAUCAUGUGAUGCAGUAUAUUUAGUCAGCCGUGCGCGGUCGUUAAGAACUAAUGUGAUAUUGUUAUAAGCUCGGAACAUUCUUGGACUACUGUUAGAUAAAUUGUGAAUGUGUGAAAGGCGUUGCGUGCGUAGCUAUAAGAGGUUCGAUGUUGACAAUUUAAUAGUUUAGAAUGUUGUAAUUGCCUAGUCUGAAUUCCGAUAUACGAACUUAUCCAAUAGUUUCUUUCGAAUCAAUUUAUAGAAUUGUACAGUUUGCAAAAGCGUUGAUGAAUAUAAUAGACUUUUUUCCUAAUAUACAAUGAGGUCUUUGAGUGACAAAUACCUUCGCACUGUCUGUCACUCAAAGAACUAUAAAUAAUCGAUAAUCGCGGAUGAUUAACGAAUAUCGAUUUCUCACAUACACUAUCGAUACUUAAGUUGUUGACACGAUGUUUUCAUUAGUUUUAUAAUACAAAUUAAUAAUUGAACACAACCACCACAAUACUAUAGAUCUGUAUUUUUAGUAUUCCAUGUGUGAUCUCGUGUUUAGUGAAUUACACGCUCCGAGUUUGUUCCGAGACGUUUUUAUAACUUCUGCUUUAGACGUUAAAUUUUGGUUUUAAGCGCUGCGACGUGUGCUUCACUUAGACUUGUUACGAAUCUAAAAUUUCAUAAUGAAUGAUAAAGCAUAAUCUGUAAUUGUUUUUGUCUACGUGCGAUUAGGUAAUCCAAUAUAUAUAUAUAAAUAUAGGCGAUUUUUAUAUUUGAAAAAACGGCAGACAUAUGUUUUGUAAAUAUUGGAAAAUUUCAAAAUUAGGCUCGAUUUAUACCAGAUGAGUUUCUCGAAUACAAGAUGAGAUUAAGUUAUUAUCGGUGGCGGGGCGUUUUGUGAUCCGCCGUGGAGAGGUUUCCACCACUCUGCCAAUUUCUGCUACAAAGCCGGGACAAUGUAAUUCAAUGUAAUUGAAGACUUUUCCUCAUGCCUCACAGUGCAGGCUUUCAUGUUAUGAUGUCUGCGUGUUCUGGAUACCAUUCUAAUACCAGGCUGGUCGUGAACAUGUUUACUACGAUAAAACAAGGUCGAACUUUGAUAUAUGUAUAGCUUCUGACUCGUCAUAGACAAGGAGUUUUACUACACUCUUUUCAAACGACAACAUAAUGUUUGUUUACACUUAUCAAAAUAUUAUCGAGUGCUAUUCUCGCUUGUACCUAGUCAGGUCAUAAAUUCUGUCACAUGUUUAAUGUAAAAUAAUUGAAACAAGUUUAUUCAUUAGGUAACCAUUCAUAUACCAAAAUGAACUUAACAAAACAUAGAUUCUUAUGACACUAAAGUUUAUUCAAAAUGACCUCCGUGAUUUUGAAUACAGGCCUUUAGACUUGCGCAAAACAUCACUUCCCAAUGUAAUGUGAUAUGACAUCACUUUUACAGAUAGGUGAUAUUACUCGAAAACAUUACACAUCACUCUUAACAUUACUCGGUGCGUUCAAUAGAUACUGUGACGACGAAUACAUUGUAUCUAUACACCCGAAUCAUUACUUAAGUGAUGUGUUCAUACACAUCACUUAGGUAAUGAUGUGUGUCAUUACAGUAGUGUAUUACAAUACAAAGUAUGAACUUUGUAUUGUAAUACACUGUUAUAUUACUUGACAGAUUGACUUACUUAAUAAUAUAAUAAUUUUAUUUUUUACUUAAUAUAAUUUAUUGUGGGAUGAACGGAUUUCAUAUGGCGACUUAGACUGCAAAUUGAGCUCGACAAUAAUGUUAAUAUACGAGAGCAGUAGAUGCAUUGUUUCGGCGCGAUAUCCUCAAAGUGCAUCCAAGGAGGACUGUACUUUCAUUUAGACGCCGUUCUUUCUUUCACUUAUUAAACACGCAUUAAAACAAAUAAUAAAACUAUCUUCAAACAAGUGCUUAAGUAAUUCAAAUCAAACACAAAAAUUAAUAUGAAAUAUUACUAAACAAUUACGAGCGACUAGCGAUUUUACAAAAGUUGCGAACAAAAAAUUAAGUAAGUACUUGCGGGGAGCUACCGGCUGGCCGCAUGAAAAAUAUAAACACAAAUACCUAUAUUAAAAUUCAGACGUACCAUAGGUAUAAAAAUGUACCUAGCGGCCAGGACAUACGGUUCAAAAUCACUAGGAAUAAUUCCGUGUCGCUUGCUCAUUUAUUUUGCGUCGAUCGGUCUGUCUCGCUCGCUCGGUUCCGUUCGUGUAUUAAGCAACAUUACACGACAAAGAAAGAAACAUGUUGGGUGAUGGUGUGAUGUUUGUUUCCUUCGCGUAAUGUGUGAUGUUGCAUUACAUCGUAGAGUAAUAUUACCCGAGUAAUAUCACUCGCAUUACUUACACAUGUCUACAGGCCUUCAUCUGCGCGGCCAGUCGUCUAUCGCAGCACGAACGAGGUCCAUGUCAAUAUCGGCGGCUGCCUUAAUCAAGGAUGUCUUGAGUGACUCCAAAUUGGGAUGAGACUUUGAGCACGCCUUUUUUUUUUUUUUUUAGAGAUUUUAUGACCUGGUAACUAAGACCUUUAAGUCAUGUCUUAUUUUACUUUAUAUUCUUAAUUUUAUGAAAAAUGAUAAUAUGGAGUGAAAUGAAAUGAAGAUGAUUAAUUUGAGACAUUAAUCAACUGGGAUGAAAUUUAAUGAAAUGAAAUGAUAUGGGAUGAAAUAUAAUCGCAGUAAAAUGGUGGUUAUUUACUGAGAUUUUUUCAGUGGACUUUUUGGAGGAACCCGAGAAGUUACGUCCAGCAGCUUUGUUUCAUUUUCCCACAUUUGUGCACUUUCACAGAUAUUAAACGGUUAAUAAACCACCAUUAUUACACAUUUACACCUGAAGAAACACUAAAUAGACAAAAUAAAACAAAUCACACAACUUCACUCCUCGCGUUCCCGCCAAAAUCUGAGCACGCCUUUUCCUCCAAGUGUUGCCAUAUCUUGUAAUCUAACGGAUUCAAAUCUGGACUGGAGGAGGGCCAGUCUUCGUGCCGGAUGAAGUCGAUUUCACGCGCCGCCAACCAGUCUUGUGUGCUCUUCGCUCUAUGAGCUGGCGCCGAAUCUUGUUGGAAUACCCAGUGCCUGUUAUUGAACAUGGUAUGAGAAACAGGUUCCACAAGGUUCGUCAGGACUGUAUUUUGAUACACAACUGCAUUCGUUUUUACACCUUUCUCACAAAAAUGUACCUCUGUUAAGCCCCAAUAAGAAACUCCCAACCAUACCAUGAGCGAGGAUGGAAAAUGACCUCGUUGGACACGCGGAAUACGGUUGCUCGCUUCUUCACUACUGUGUGCGUACACCUUAUCAUUUUGUUUGUUGUAGCUCUCUUCUACGGUAAAAAUUUUUUCAUCCGAAAAAAGAAUUUCCCGAUAUUUUUUUCCCGCGUACCGCUUCAACAAAGCGCCACAUCUCUUCAGUCUCGGGUCCAUUAGACGAGCAUUCAAACGAUGUCCUGUUUUUCUUCGAUAUGCCCGAAGCCCUAAGUCUUCAUUUAACACCCUUUUCACCGUGGUUCUGCUUAACCCCAUCUGAAGGGCCAACAGUUUCUGCUUACGUUUGGGAUUUUUUUGAAUUCGCGCCUUCACAGCUUUUAUCACUGCUGGAGUCCUAACAGACCGAGGGCGACCACUUCUUAACCUGUCAUCUACACUAGAGUCUUCAUUGUAUCGUUUGAUGGUACGAUAAACGAAUCUUUUGGUUAUAUUCAAAAUUUUCAGUAUGUUAAAAAUUUGAAUUGGCGCGUAACCGCAACGAUGCAACGCAAGAACUGCAACACGGUCUUCUUUAAGCGUCCACUCCAUAUUUAAAAAUGAGUAAAAUUCUAAAAGUAUACAUUUUUAUUUUCAUGAACAAUUCGAAAUUCGAAUUCAAUAAACUUUUUUGUGGCCAGCAUUCUAAAAGAAAAGUUUUUACUGUGUGACAAUACUUAUGACCUGACUAGGUAUUAAAAAAACUGUACUUGUGUAAUGAGCCCUUGUUUUAGAUUUUGUUAACUGUUAUUGAUUUCUGAUAGAAAACUGAUUUGGUAAUGAAAUUCUUUGUGAUGCACACGUUAUGUCUCUGUAUAGUUUAUAAAGUGUUAAGUAAAAACAGUGUGAUCCUGUUUGCUGCGGCUGUGUGUACGCUUUUCCAUCUCGAAUGCUCGAUAACAAGGUGUUAUAAAUAAUAGUAUUAUAAUUGUAAUAGUGUAAUCGCAAAAUAUGAUUUAUUUUAUUAUUGUAUGAAAAUAACAUCGAAAAAUACGAUACGUACGUUUUAAUUAGUUAAGGAUCGAUAUAAUCAGCUCAAAUGUUUUAUGUACAAUUGUAUAAUUUAAAGAAGUUAAAAAAAAAAACAUGAAAAAAAACUAAUUUAUUGUAAACAUAAUGGUUGAACAUACUAAUGAUUACUUUGUAUGAUGUUGUAAUAUGUGAUAUUGCUAGUUAUGUUCUAGAUGUAAAAGCGUAUGACGUUAGCGUUAGCAAAGACCUCCACAGUGCAUACUGCCAGAUUAGAAGCGUUCGUCGUAAAAUGAUCGAUGUCAACACCGAAACAUCGUUUCCAUACAGUGAAACCAUAGUAUAAUGUUUGCAUUUUCAAAAAAAAAAAAAAAACUAUGUGUGCCCUUCGCUUUGCUUGGCGGUCUCGUUUGAACCACGUCAAGUUUGACGCAAUACUUUUUGGCCGAAACGAAUGUGGUAUUUAUAAUUGAAAGCCAAAAAAUGUCGUAUCAAAUGUUCGAAUUUGACUCGUACUGUCUGUGAAGUGGUGAAGCAAGCGCCGGGCACAGAUCGUUGUUGAAAGCGUCCUUGUAUAUGAGUAGAGACGUGCAGCUAAGUGUUUGUGCGGAGACGCGUGUGUACAUAGGGAUGUAGGACGUCGCGGGACACUAGUUAGCGGUUACAGUGCGCGAUCUCGUUUAUUCCGUGCGUGAUGUUGAUAGUUUUCACUUUUGUAAAAAGUCUAUCGUGAGAGCAGAUGAAAUGUGGUAAAUAAUAAUUUAAAGAAUAUCUGUACAGUUCUAUUUGUAUAGAAAUAAUAAAUAACGAUUAAAAAUAAUUAAAACA